AUGGGCCUUUGUGUGCACCAGACCCGUGUGCGCUGCGUGUGCUGCUUUUCUCCACAGACGGGAGCUCUGCAGUCUAGCGCGCGUGCCGUCCUCUCGCCGGCCCUGUUCAUGCUGGAAGUGGCCGCGGCUGGGGUCCCAGAGGCAUGGACAGACAGGCUGAGGCCACACUGCAGCAUCCAGCACGUGUACGGCGCCCAGCACCCCCCUUUUGAUCCACUGUUACACGGCACCCUGCUCAAGGCCACGCCCAAGGUGCCCACCACGCCCGUGAAGGCCAAGAGAGUCAGCACCUUCCAGGAGUUUGAGAGCAACACCAGCGACGCCUGGGAUGCGGGCGAAGACGACGACGAGCUCCUGGCCAUGGCGGCUGAGCGCCUCAACUCCGACGUGGUCAUGGAGACAGCCCACCGCGUCCUGCGCGACCACAGCCAGCGGCAGGAGCAGCACAAGCUGCAGGAGCCCCCAGGGCCCGGGCAGAACAGAGCGAGGGGUGACCUCACAGGCGUUAGCGAGGUCAGUUCCUGCUCCGGAGACCAGGGCCUGCCCCACUCAGUGCCGUGGGAGGAGACACUGACCCCAGCGUUCAUGGGGAAGUGGCUCGUGGCUGCCCUCCCUCCCCUCACCCUCUUCUCUCUUCCCGCAGAGAGCGCCAGCGGCCCUGCCCCUCUGCACAGGUCCCAGUCGCUCCCGCACGCGGCCACCAUGGCCCUGGGCAGCACGUCCGACCCCGGGACCCUCAGCAGCUCGGCGCUGAGUGAGAGAGAGGCCUCCCGGCUCGACAAGUUCAAGCAGCUCCUGGCUGGCCCCAACACGGACCUGGAGGAGCUGCGGAGGCUCAGCUGGUCCGGGAUCCCGAAGCCGGUGCGCCCCAUCACGUGGAAGCUCCUCUCAGGCUACCUUCCUGCCAACGCGGAGCGCAGAGCCGCCACGCUGCAGCGGAAGCGGGAGGAGUACUUCGCCUUCGUGGAGCACUACUACGACUCGCGGAACGACGAGGGCCACCAGGACACCUACAGGCAGAUCCACAUCGACAUCCCGCGGAUGAGUCCGGAGGCGCUGACGCUACAGCCCGCAGUGACGGAGAUCUUCGAGAGGAUCCUGUUCAUAUGGGCUAUUCGCCACCCUGCCAGUGGCUACGUCCAGGGCAUCAACGACCUGGUCACCCCUUUCUUCGUGGUCUUCAUCUGCGAGCACACGGAGGAGGAGGACGUGGACAUCGCCGAUGUGUCCCGCGUGCCUGUGGACGUGCUGCGCAACGUGGAGGCCGACACGUACUGGUGCAUGAGCCGGCUGCUGGAUGGCAUCCAGGACAACUACACCUUCGCCCAGCCCGGGAUCCAGAUGAAAGUGAGGAUGCUGGAGGAGCUCGUGGGCCGCAUCGACGAGCAAGUGCACCGGCACCUGGAGCAGCAUGAGGUGCGGUACCUGCAGUUCGCCUUCCGCUGGAUGAACAACCUGCUGAUGCGGGAGGUGCCCCUGUGCUGCACCAUCCGCCUGUGGGACACCUACCAGUCGGAGCCCGAGGGCUUCUCUCACUUCCACCUGUACGUGUGCGCUGCGUUCCUCGUGAGGUGGAGGAAGGAGAUACUGGAAGAAAGAGAUUUCCAAGAGCUGCUGCUGUUCCUGCAGAACCUGCCCACGGCCCGCUGGGCCUCCGAGAGCCUGGCCCUGCUCCCAGUCAGGAGCCUGGGGCAGCCGCUGUCUGUCCAGCUGGAUGAGGCCCCUGGAAGGGGCACCUACACGGCAUCCCGGGAGGAGGCGCACUUCAUGACCACUCCCCAAGGGGCCAUCGCGUGA